AUGGCCGCCGAUGCUCAUGGCCCUAGCCCAAGGGGAAUGCUCUGCAAUGCCGGCGCUGGUGCUGCGGCUGGAGUGAUUGCUGCUACUUUUGUCUGUCCUCUAGAUGUUAUUAAGACUAGGUUACAAGUCCACGGUCUACCCCAGCUCACUAAUGCUAAUAUCAAAGGUAGUGUUAUAGUAGGAAGCUUAGAGCAGAUAUUUCAGAAGGAGGGAUUACGUGGUAUGUACCGCGGGCUCGCCCCUACGGUGCUUGCAUUGCUGCCAAAUUGGGCAGUUUAUUUUACUAUAUAUGAUCAACUGAAGAGUUUUCUUGGUGCCGAUGAUGUAAAUCAUCAGCUCUCUAUUGGUUCAAAUAUGAUUGCUGCUGCUGGUGCUGGGGCUGUAACGACAAUUAUGACAAACCCUCUCUGGGUUGUCAAGACAAGGCUUCAAACACAAGGAAUGCGAAAAGGCGUGGUUCCUUAUAGGAGUACACUGUCUGCUUUGAGAAGAAUCACACAUGAGGAGGGUAUUCGCGGUUUGUACAGUGGGCUUGUGCCAGCUUUGGCCGGUAUUAGUCAUGUAGCUAUUCAAUUUCCAACAUAUGAAAAGAUAAAAAGUUACUUGGCUGAUCGAGAUAACACCACAAUAGAUAAACUUAGUGCAAGUGAUGUUGCUGUGGCUUCAUCAGUUUCAAAAAUAUUCGCUUCUACAUUGACAUAUCCUCACGAGGUUGUGCGUUCGAGGCUCCAAGAACAAGGGCACCACUCAGAAAAACGUUACUCUGGAGUCAUCGAUUGCAUCAAGAAAGUAUUUCAGCAAGAAGGUGUCCCAGGUUUUUACCGAGGCUGUGCCACAAACCUGCUCAGGACAACCCCAGCUGCCGUAAUCACUUUCACGAGUUUUGAAAUGAUUCACCGCUUUCUUGUUACCCUAUUUCCGCCCGAUCCACACACUGUGAGGGCAAAGCCCUCGUGCAUUCAUCAUAAAAAUUGA